AUGAGGUAUUACAGCAAUCGACAGGACACACGUGAAGACUCUCAAAAGAAUUUAAAAGUUCAGACAAAGGUUCGUGUGACUCUAUUAUCCCAACCAUUUGGAACCCCAUCAACUCUACCUGUGAAAGGGUUCCAAAACAAUUCAGCAUUACCUCUUGGAUUAUCAGAACCUUUCCUUUGA